CGGGCCGCGAGGGGGCAGAGCGAGUUCGGUUGCACCAACACCGGUACUUAGGCGCGGACCGGCGUGUCCUUGGACUGAGAGAGCUGGACGUCCGGCUUGAGAGUGGGCACCUUAUUUUCGCGCGCAACCAAAGAACGGUGAGCGCAAAGCGGGGAGGCCGAAGCGGGCGGGAAGCGCAGCCGUAGGAGCACGCAAUUGCGUUGAUUUAAAAAUGGGUGAUGUUGAGAAGGGCAAGAAGAUUUUUGUUCAGAAGUGUGCCCAGUGCCAUACUGUGGAAAAGGGAGGCAAGCACAAGACUGGGCCAAAUCUCCACGGUUUAUUUGGGCGAAAGACAGGCCAAGCCCCUGGGUUUUCUUACACGGAUGCCAACAAGAACAAAGGCAUCACCUGGGGAGAGGAGACACUGAUGGAGUAUUUGGAGAAUCCCAAGAAGUACAUCCCUGGAACAAAAAUGAUCUUCGCUGGCAUUAAGAAGGCAGGGGAAAGAGCAGACUUGAUAGCUUAUCUCAAAAAAGCUACUAAGGAGUAAUAGUUGGCUGUUGCCUUAUUUAUUACAAAACAAAAAUGUCUCAUGACUUUUUUUAUGUGUACCAUAUUUAAAUUGAUCACAUACACCAGAAUUCAGAUCAUGAAUGGCUGAUAGAAUAUUUCUUUUGGACAGUCCUGAUUUAAAUAAGAUUGGCUUGUGGUUAAAUGAAUACGAUUCACUUUUUGACCUUUGAUAGUAAUUCUGGUUCAGCAAGUGCUGUCACUCUUUUCCCCUUUGAAUAUGAUUGGAAUUGAUUAGAUUGUUGAGCUUUUCACAGAGAUGGUAAAUGCCACCUCUAAACUUACAGGAGAUUGGUUUUAUAUUUAGAUUUAUAUAACUGGUUAUAUUAAUAUAUUUAAAUACUGAGGAAAUCCCUUCACUGUAUCAGAACAGCAAGACUCAGCUGUGUUUCAAAAGUUGUGUUAGCCUGUUAAAGGCAAGGGCUGAAGAUAAGCUGGCAAUGUCCACUUUAUCUUUUUAGUCUUAACUAUGCCAAUUUAAUUAAAAUUCCCUGCAUUUAAAAUGUUGCCUUUUGCUUAAUGAAAGGCAUUUUAGUGUGGUUUAUGUAUAAUAUUAAAUAAACAAUAGUAACACUUCUCACGUUUUAUAGAUGAUCUGUAAGGUCAGAUGCUUUUAAAAUUCAGUGUGAUAAGUUAUAGCAGCAGAUUUGGCCUGUGAAUUCUUUACUAAGUUAUAAUUCAGGAUUGUCUUCUAAAUAGCUAUUCAAAAAUACAACUGUGGAAUUACCAUAUAUGUAUGAUUGGUAAUGGUGCUUUUGCUAACUCGUUAGAAGGGUUAAAGUAGAGGAGAUAUAUCAUCAGCACAAAUUUGUAAAUUAUGUGAUAAGGCUUAAGAUAAUUAAAAACAAAAUCACAGAUCAUGA